CGCUGCGUCACACUUCCUCCCCCGCCCCGCCGUCUCGUGAUCCACGCUGCGGCGGCGUCAGCUGACUUGGUGCUUCACGUGAUCCGUUGGCGGGUGUGCAGGUGGCCGCGGCUGCCGGCGGGGGAUGGAGCAGUGACCGCUAGCGUCUUGCCUCCAUCUUCAGAAGCAGAAAGCAUCAAGAUAAAGACACAAAAAUGACUGAGUUCUGGCUGAUUUCUGCUCCUGGGGAAAAAACCUGUCAACAGACAUGGGAGAAACUACAUACAGCGACUACAAAAAAUAACAAUCUUUCUACUAAUUCGAAGUUCAAUAUUCCAGAUUUGAAGGUUGGCACACUGGAUGUUUUGGUUGGUUUGUCAGAUGAGCUGGCUAAAUUGGAUGCAUUUGUGGAAAGUGUUGUAAAGAAAGUGGCCCAGUAUAUGGCUGAUGUUCUAGAGGACAGUAAAGAUAAAGUUCAGGAGAAUCUUCUGGCUAAUGGAGUUGACUUGGUCACCUAUAUAACAAGGUUCCAGUGGGAUAUGGCCAAAUACCCGAUCAAGCAAUCCUUGAAGAAUAUUUCAGAAAUUAUUGCAAAGGGAGUAAACCAGAUUGACAAUGAUCUAAAAGCAAGAGCCUCAGCAUACAAUAAUCUGAAAGGGAACCUUCAGAAUUUGGAAAGAAAGAAUGCGGGAAGCUUGCUAACCAGAAGUCUUGCUGAUAUUGUAAAGAAAGAGGACUUUGUACUCGAUUCAGAAUAUUUGGUCACGUUAUUAGUGAUUGUACCGAAGUCAAAUUAUAAUGACUGGGUUAAGCAAUACGAAACACUAGCAGAGAUGGUUGUACCACGUUCCAGCAAUGUACUCUUUGAGGAUCAAGAUAGUUACCUUUGUAACGUCACCUUGUUCAGGAAGGCAGUGGAUGACUUCAAGCAUAAAGCCAGAGAAUAUAAAUUUAUGGUCCGUGACUUCCAGUAUAAUGAAGAAGAGAUGAAAGCAGAUAAAGAAGAAAUGAAUAGACUGUCAACAGACAAGAAGAAGCAGUUUGGGCCUCUGGUUCGGUGGCUGAAAGUUAAUUUCAGUGAAGCUUUCAUUGCAUGGAUUCAUGUGAAAGCACUACGAGUUUUUGUUGAAUCUGUUUUAAGGUAUGGUCUGCCAGUUAAUUUCCAGGCAAUGCUGCUUCAGCCUAAUAAGAAAACAAUGAAGAAACUGAGGGAGGUGUUGUAUGACUUAUACAAGCACCUCGACAGCAGUGCAGCAGCUAUCAUUGAUGCAUCUAUGGAUAUUCCAGGCUUAAACCUCAGUCAGCAGGAGUACUACCCGUAUGUGUACUACAAGAUCGAUUGUAAUUUGCUGGAAUUCAAGUAAAAGUUCCCUAACAUGACAAUCUUCUCAGUGUUGGUGUAAACAAGCAGAAGUGAGAUUGAAGUACAGUAAUACUUUUAACACUGUUAAUCAUAUGCUUGCUUCUUAUGUUAGGUGAAUUUAACACACAGUGGUCCAUCUCUAUAGACAUUUUCUUUUUAAAGAACAGAGUAUAGGUAAUCUGCUUUUAAUCAAUUAUGUCUGUAAAUGUAUAUUGAGAGAAUUGAAGUAUUUAUAAACAGAGUGAUUUAUUUAAGGAAAAGCUCAUUCCUCUUUCAUAUGGUGGUCUGUGUUAAUUCCCUUUACCAUUGUUUAUAAAAAAUGUUUACAGAAUAGUGUAAAUGUUCAUGGCCAUUUUGUUCAUUUGAUUUAGCUGGUACAAUUGUGUUAAUGUUGUUGAACUGUGAUGUAAAGUAUGUAAAAUUGGUAUGAAAUUGUGCUUUAUGAAUGGUUUAAAAUUACAAUUGAAGCACUGUAAACACAGGAGAAAAUAAACAUACCUGUGCAAAUGUG